AUGGCGGGUGGGGAUUUUGUCGACGAAGAUAACGCCGAUGAUAACAGCUAUGAUGAUAACAGCUAUGAUGAUAACAGCUAUGAUAACAACAGCUAUGAUGAUAACAGCUAUGAUGAUAACAGCUAUGAUAACUGCAAUGGUGAUAACAGCUAUGAUGAUAACAGCUAUGAUAAUAACGGCUAUGAUGAUAACAGCUAUGAUGAUAUCAGCUAUGAUAACUGCAAUGAUGAUAACAGCUUUGAUAACAACAGCUAUGAUGAUAACAGCUAUGAUGAUAACAGCUAUGAUAAGAACAGCUAUGAUGAUAACAGCUAUGAUGAUAACAGCUAUGAUAACUGCAAUGAUGAUAACAGCUAUGAUGAUAACAGCUAUGAUGAUAACUGCAAUGAUGAUAACAGCUAUGAUGAUAACAGCUAUGAUAACUGCAAUGAUGAUAACAGCUAUGAUGAUAACUGCAAUGAUGAUAACAGCUAUGAUGAUAACAGCUAUGAUGAUAACAGCUAUGAUAACUGCAAUGAUAAGAACAGCUAUGAUGAUAACAGCUAUGAUGAUAACAGCUAUGAUAACUGCAAUGAUGAUAACAGCUAUGAUGAUAACAGCUAUGAUGAUAACAGCAAUGAUGAUAACAGCUGUGAUGAUAACAGGAACUGGGUUCAUAACAAUAAGAGGCGUAGAACUUAA